UAAUGGGCAGCUGGCGGAGGGCUAGAGAAACGGAGCCUGUGCGGAGAGGAGCAAGUCGGUGGCCGUUGUGUGGAGACUGUGUGUGCGGAGGCAGAUUGCCAUGGGAAGUACCUUUACUUCUGGAAGGCUAGAGAAGACAUGGGAGAACUCCAGAAGACAAGUAUUAGAAGUACCCAUGGAGAACAGUGAAAACUCAGUGGAUGCAAAAUCCAUUAAAAAUUCCGAAACCAGAAAGAUCUUCCAUGGAAGCAAAUCAAUGGACUCUGGAAUAUACAUGGACAACAGUUACAAAAUGGAUUACCCUGAAAUGGGUUUAUGUAUAAUAAUUAAUAAUAAGAACUUUCAUGAAAGUACCGGAAUGCCGUCUCGGUCUGGUACAGAUGUGGAUGCGGCGAACCUCCGAGAAACAUUCACAAACUUGAAAUACGAAGUCAGGAAUAAAAACGAUCUUACACGCGAACAAAUUGUGGCGUUGCUGGACAGUGUUUCUAGAGAAGAUCAUAGCAAAAGGAGCAGUUUUAUUUGCGUGCUUCUGAGCCACGGUGAUGAAGGAAUCAUUUAUGGAACAAACGGACCUGUUGACCUGAAAAAAUUGACAGGUUUCUUCAGAGGGGAUUAUUGUAGAAGUCUAACCGGCAAACCCAAACUCUUCAUUAUUCAGGCCUGCCGAGGCACGGAACUGGACUGCGGCAUUGAGACUGACAGUGGUACCGAGGAUGACAUGGCCUGUCAGAAAAUACCAGUGGAAGCCGACUUCUUAUAUGCGUAUUCCACAGCCCCUGGUUACUACUCCUGGCGAAAUUCCAAGGAUGGAUCCUGGUUCAUCCAGUCACUUUGCUCGAUGCUCAGACUGUAUGCUCACAAGCUCGAGUUCAUGCACAUUCUUACUCGGGUUAACCGAAAGGUAGCUCUAGAAUUUGAGUCCUUUUCUCUUGACUCUGCUUUUCAUGGAAAGAAACAGAUUCCAUGUAUUGUGUCUAUGCUCACAAAAGAACUAUAUUUUUAUCACUAAAGAUGGAUGAUUUUUUUUUUUUUUUUUUAGUUUGUAUGCCAAGGGAGGAAAAGGUUUAACUGCUUUGUUUUCCUCUCUCAUUUAGAUCUAAUCUAAUACUUCAAGUGGUAUUUUGGAACAUGGCACUUUCAUAGCAGCAGAAUUAUGAGGCUACCUCAAACUCAGAAUCAGGUAGUUGAAAUCAAACUUAAUUAGGGAUAAAUAAAAGUGAAUAGUGGCACAAUCAUUGUGAGGGGAAAUGUUUGUAAAUUAACUGCUCUCAUAAUUAGCAAGUUUUAGUGAUGCCAUGCUAUGUAUGAAUUCUUAAGUAAAUACGGAAAACGUUAAACAUUGUAGUUAGGAAGUUCAGUGAUCCUGGUAUGCUGUCAUUUAAGAGUAUGCACUCUCGUUUUUGUCACACCAUAGACCUACUGAUGUGGAAUAAGGUGUCCUAGAAUUGUGGGGACCCAUGGACACGGUCAAAGUCUUAAAGACCUACCUUGAUUUUAGAAUCGGUAUUUGGAGAUAAGGCCCCUGUACUUUUAGAUCAUUUGUCUGAGUGCAUGGUUUUGUGAUGUUGGUCCUGAGCAGGUCUUCAGCAAAAAGUCACGUUUACUAUUGAAAAAGAAACUAAGUAUUUUGCCAGAGAGGCAGUGUGCGCAAAUUCCGUUGAUUCUUGUGAGGCUAGAUGCGGCGUCAGUGGAGGGAGACAGGGUCAGAAGUGCGAAGUGCCAGAGAGAGUUCAUCCACCAGCAUCGCGGUCCUGAUGUCUGCGCCCGGGCCCAUCCGCUGAGCUCUCACCAGGAGAGCACCUGGAGAGCAGUUACGUAAAAACCUCAAACUGUGGAUCGUGCUGAUAGCAGCGCGAAUUGACGAAAUUCUACAGGAAUAGAAUAAAACACACCGGGCACGGUAAACAGUGUCAUGCAACGAAGAAGCAAUAAAUCCAUCAGCUGGGUGCUCCAUAACUAGGAGAUGGUUUGACCUGAGCAGAGACACGGCGGGCACAGCCCGUGUGAUGUGAUGGAGACGGGGCCACAGACCGGCUUCAGAAAAACCACCGCCAGUUAGUUGUUUCGUAUGGACUGGUGCGUGUGGAGGAUGAAUCUCCAAGAAAGCAAACCAAAGCAGAAACGUCUGAAUUGGAAAUUUUCCAAAGAAGGUGAGCGUCACAGCCGAAAGCAUAGCACGCUUUGUAAUACAGUUUUUAAGCAAGCUAUUUUCUGUUGAAGUCUACACAGGAAAUGGUCCGGUUAUAAUCAUGUCCUGUUCUCUGAAAUGAAAGGCCCACCGCACACAGAACCUGAGACGCCAGCCAGUCUCCCCUCCCCUGGCGCAGGGGAAGCGGCGCUCGGGCAGGCCCUGGGCCGCUGCCGCGUCACCAGGUCUCCCUGGUUUUUCCGUCUCACGUUGCACAUAAGCUAUCUCUUGCUCAAAGAAAGGAACUCACAUUUAUAAAUGACAGCUCUUUGUUUUGACUAUGGAACUUUUUUGUAUAAAUGAAGCAUGCAAUGGUAUCUGUGUGACUGUUCUGUAAACUUUUGUUACGAUUUUUUAUUUCAAAACAUAAAUUUUAACUUAAAAUUA